UUUAUAAAAAUAAAAAGAGUGUGUGAGAGAGAGAAAAUGAGGGCAAACUAAGAUACCGGUAGGAGCCGCAUUUCUCUUGUCAAGCAUGGAGACACACCCGACUUUUAUUGGUCGAGUUUUAUCCACCCUAAAAAUUUUCAUACACAACAGGCUAUAGCUGUCCCGUUUCCAAAUUUACCAUUUGUAAUUGUAUAGUCUAUUUCCAGAAAGGCACAAUGGCGAAGAGGUUAGCGAGAGGUGGAAGAAGGGACGAGCUACAUUCGCCGUCGAUUUUGACUCGAGCAGUGGAAUCAGUAUUCGAUUUCGUCCGAUUCGCUGAGUUCGAGAUCCUCUUCGUCCUCUUUUUUGUUGCAGCAUAUGUCAUUUUUAAGGAUCUGACUUCAAGGCCGGAGUAUAAUCAGAUAAUGGUGCAGAAGCCAGAUUGGUGGCCUUAUUAGACUCUACCCUCAGGGUGUUUUCUUUGUCUACUUGAAGAGUAUGAGUUUCUCUGUAUGUUCUUUUUCUAAAUGUAUGUCGGAUCUACCUGCCGGGUGAUAUUUGAUAUUGUAAGAGGAAGUCAAUUUUGAAAUCAGGUUUUAUAGGAAAGAAUUCCACCUAUUCUAGUAAUACUAGUAAAUUUGAAUGUAUGAAAGGUUUAAAGAUGAAAACAUCCAAUUUCAAUUUAUAUUUCUGAUUAGGCAGUGAAAAGGACUGCCAAACAUA